AUGAGCUUCAAAGCUCUUACCCUAUGGUGCAUUUGGUUAAGUUUGUUUCAGUUAUCAUUAGGAGCUGUGAGGCACUACAAUUUUGAGGUGGAAUACAUGAUCCGUGAACCUGAUUGCAUUGAACACGUUGUGAUGGGAAUCAAUGGCCAAUUUCCUGGCCCUACUAUCGAAGCUGAAGUUGGAGACACCCUUGAUAUUGCACUCACCAACAAGCUCUCCACUGAGGGAACUGUUAUUCAUUGGCAUGGAAUUAGACAGUAUGGAACACCUUGGGCAGAUGGAACUGCUUCCAUUUCGCAGUGUGCUAUAAACCCAGGAGAAACUUUUCAUUACAGAUUCACAGUUGACAGGCCCGGUACAUACUUCUACCAUGGGCACUAUGGUAUGCAGAGAGCAGCAGGACUAUAUGGUUCUCUGAUAGUGAAUUUACCAAAGGGACAAAAGGAACCAUUCCAUUAUGAUGGUGAGUUCAACCUUUUGCUAAGUGAUUGGUGGCACAAAAGUACACAUGAGCAAGAGGUUGGCCUCUCUUCCCAGCCAUUCAAAUGGAUUAAUGAACCUCAGUCUUUGCUGAUUAAUGGAAGAGGACAAUACAAUUGUUCUAUGGCAGCUAAUGUUAUCAACACCACUCUACCCAAAUGCAAGUUUGGAGGUGGUGAACAAUGUGCACCACAGAUUCUCCAUGUUGAUCCAAACAAGACUUACAGGAUCAGAAUUGCCAGCUCCACUUCCUUAGCUUCUCUCAAUUUGGCCAUUGGGAAUCACAAAAUGGUGGUGGUGGAAGCUGAUGGAAACUACGUUCAGCCAUUUGUGGUAGAUGACAUAGACAUAUACUCUGGGGAGAGUUACUCAGUGCUCAUUACCACAGAUCAAGACACAAAGAAAAAUUAUUGGAUUUCAGUUGGUGUUAGAGGAAGAAAACCCAACACCCCACAAGCCCUAACCAUUCUAAACUACAAAACAAUCUCUGCCUCAGUUUUUCCUACUUCACCACCCCCAAUAACACCUCAAUGGGAUGAUUACAAUCAUAGUAAAUCAUUCUCUCAGAAAAUUCUUGCCCUAAUGGGAACCCCACAACCUCCAAAAUACUAUGACCGUAGGGUUCUCCUUCUCAACACACAAAACCUAGUUGAUGGAUACACCAAAUGGGCCAUUAACAAUGUCUCCUUAACAUUACCAUCAACUCCUUACUUAGGUUCCAUUAAGUUUAAACUCAAUGGUGCAUUUGAUCAAAAUAGUCCCCCUGAGAACUUCUCGGCAGAUUAUGACAUCUUGAACCCCCCUAUGAACCCUAAUUCAAAUAUUGGGAGUGGGGUUUAUACCUUUCAGUUGAACCAGGUUGUUGAUGUGAUACUCCAAAAUGCCAAUGUAUUAAAAGGGAAAAAUAGUGAAAUUCAUCCUUGGCAUUUGCAUGGCCAUGAUUUCUGGGUUUUGGGCUAUGGAGAUGGGAAAUUCGAACCGGGUGAUGAGGAGACUAAAUUCAACUUGAAAAACCCACCAUUGAGGAACACUGCAGUUAUCUUCCCUUAUGGAUGGACUGCUUUAAGGUUUAAGGCAGAUAACCCUGGAGUUUGGGCAUUCCAUUGUCAUAUUGAACCUCAUUUGCAUAUGGGAAUGGGUGUGGUUUUUGCUGAGGCCGUUCAAAAUGUGAAAGGAAUACCUAGAGAUGCUAUAGCAUGUGGCCUUACCAGAAAGAUGUUCUUGAACAACAAACACAACUGAG